CCUCCCUGUGAGACGUCAUCUUCCCGCGCCUGCAUUCAUUCCCUCUUCACAUCGUUCAGGCAUUUUUGCUCAAACUCUCCAGAUUAAUCUGAGGUUAUCAGUGAAAACAAAGCUGCAUGAUGGGCCCCGUUGAGCUGCUCCACAUGUCCGUCUUCUCUCAGAGCUUCUCUCCCUGCGGUCGAUACCUGGCGGCUGGAAACAACUACGGAGAGAUCGCUCUCUUCAGCCUGUCUGCAGCUCUGAGUCCAGAAGCCACCGCCCUGAGUCAGAAACCCGUCCUCACAUUCACAGCUCACGAGGGUCCCGUGUUCUCUCUGCUCUCCACCGACUGUCAGCUCCUCAGCGCGGGGAACGGAGAGAUCAGCGCGUGGAACUGGAGCGAACUCAUCAAGAAGAAUGUCAAAGCUUUGUGGACAAAACGACCAAACUACAAAUCCAGUCUGGAGAUCCCUGAGAUCAACGCCAUGGUCGUCAACACCAGAGACAACAGUCUGGUAGUCGGAGGAGGAGACAACAACGUCCACAUUCUAGACCUGGAGCACGGAGUCUUCAAGACGGUGCUGCAGGGUCACUCGGACUACGUGCACUGUGUGAGCGUGCGGGAGAGGGAGGCAGAGAUCCUGUCAGGGGGGGAAGACGGAGCCGUGAGGAUGUGGGACAGCCGGACGGGUCAGUGUGUUCACUGCAUCGAGGUCUACAAGUACGAGAGCUGUGCUCGACCUCAGUACGGGAAAUGGAUCAGCUGUUUGACCACAGACUCCGACUGGAUGUUGUGUGGUGGAGGACCGUCUCUGUCUCUGUGGCAUCUCCGCUCUCUGUCCCCGACCUCCAUCUUCCCCCUGAAGGGCUGCCAGAGACAGGCCGCCUUCCACCAGGACAUGAUCCUGACCGUAGGUGACGGCCCCUUUGUGUCCCACUGUCUGCUGGGUGGGGACAUCAAAGCUCAGAUUCCCUGCACACCACAGAGCCUGAACACACUGCAGCUCAACACCAAAAGCACCGAGCACAGGGUCCUUACUGUGGGCGGCAGCAGCGAUCACAUCGAUGUGUUCACAAACUUGUCGUACCGGGCGUUUUCACUCAGCUUCUGAUGUGCUGACAUGUUUAUAUUUUCACUGCUUUUAGAAACUCAGCUCUCAGUUUUUGUAUCAUUUUACUGGAAGAUAAUAAAAUAUUUUUGUCUUA